AUGAGUUCAUCAUUAAUACCGAAAGACAACCACUCGUACAAUAGCGUCGACUAUUGGGACAAACGGUACUCUAGUGUUGGCCAGGGAUGUGAUGGUGAGACUCGUGAGUACGACUGGUUGGUCGGCUGGACAGACAUCCGACACAUCGUUGAGAAAUGUGUGCCAAAGUCGGCCCAAAUACUAAUGUUGGGCUGCGGUAAUAGUCUAUUAAGUGAACAAAUGUUUAUCGAUGGCUAUCAUAACAUCCAUAAUAUCGACUAUUCCGCGCCUGUAAUCAAACAGAUGUCCACUCAUUGCCAGUACUGCUCACGUAUGAAGUGGUCAGUCAUGGACUGCUUGGACAUGAAGUUUGAAGACAAUUCAUUUGAUGUGGUGCUGGAAAAGGCGACGAUCGACGCUCUGCUCACCAAAGAAACCAAUCCAUGGCAUGUCUCGCAAGAAAGUAGGGAUCUAUUGACUCAAAUCAUGAGCGAAAUGUCUCGUGUGUUGAAACUUGAGGGUCAGUUCAUAUCAAUUUCCUUCUAUGGCUCACACUUUAGAUAUCCAUUGUAUAAGAGCUGUUCCGAUGCCCUGAAAUGUGAGUCUAGAUUCUCAAUGAAAGCAAUCGAUGAAUUGGGCACUAGUUUUCAUUAUUAUUGCUAUUCACUCGUCAAAAGUGCGGACAAAACAAUUGAAUUGGAGGCCAAAGUAUACGAACCGCCGAAAAUGAUUUCUGGUUUGAAUAGCAGUGAAUCCAUACAAACAAUAGAUCAGAGUUUAGACACCACUGAAGUUGAAGAGCACAAUAACUAUCUCUUCAAUAUUAACCUCUAAUAUACUCUUCACAAUACAAUACACUAAUAACUGCUACUCUUUGUUAUAAUGAACUCUCUCUCUCUCUCUCUCUCUCUCUCUCUCUCUC